AUGGAGCUGGACACCUCCUCCAUCGAGAAGCGCUUCGCCUACGGCUUCCUGCAGCAGCUGCUCAAGUGGAUGGACAUCAGCCAGGAGUUCAUCGCCCACCUGGACCCCCUUGAAGCCCUUGAGAUCCCCCUUGAGACCCCCUUGAAGCCCUUGAGAUCCACCUUGAAGCCCCUUGAACCCCUCAAGAUCCCCCCUGAGCCCCCCCUGAACCCCCUUGAGGUGCCCCUGGGCCCCCCUGCUGACCCCCCCUGCCCCCCUGCAGAGGCUGUGGUGAGCAGCGGCCGGGUGGAGAAGUCUCCCCACGAGCAGGAGAUCAAAUUCUUCGCCAAGAUCCUGCUGCCCCUCAUCAACCAAUACUUCCACAACCACUGCCUCUACUUCCUCUCCACCCCGGCCAAGGUGCUGGGCAGCGGUGGCCACGCUUCCAACAAGGAGAAGGAGAUGAUCACCAGCCUCUUCUGCAAGCUGGCAGCCCUGGUCCGCCACCGCGUCUCCCUCUUCGGCACCGAUGCCCCAGCAGUGGUCAACUGCCUGCACAUCCUGGCUCGCUCCCUGGAUGCCAGGACCGUGAUGAAGUCCGGGCCAGAGAUCGUCAAGGCCGGGCUGAGGUCCUUCUUCGAGAGCGCCUCGGAGGACAUCGAGAAGAUGGUGGAGAACCUGAAGCUGGGGAAGGUGACCCAGAGCAGGACCCAGGUGAAAGGAGUGGCCCAGAACAUCAACUACACCACCCUGGCCCUGCUGCCCGUCCUCACCUCCCUCUUCGAGCACCUGGCCCAGCACGGCUUCGGCGACGACGUCAUCCUGGACGAUGUGCAGGUCUCCUGCUACCGAAUCCUCUGCAGCAUCUACUCCCUGGGCACCACUCGCAACCCCUACGUGGAGAGGCAGCGGCCGGCGCUGGGGGAGUGCCUGGCGCGGCUGGCGGCCGCCAUGCCUGUGGCCUUCCUGGAGCCGCAGCUCAACCACUUCAACCCCUGCUCGGUCUACAGCACCAAGUCCCCCCGGGAGCGUGCCAUCCUGGGCCUGCCGGGCCGGGUGGAGGAGCUGUGCCCGGACAUCCCGGAGCUGGAGGGGCUGAUGGGGACCAUCGGGGGGCUGGCGGAGUCGGGGGCUCGCUACACGGAGAUGCCGCACGUCAUCGAG